UAUCAUCUGCAGCUACGAUGUCGGAAACUCCUCCGGUCGCUCAGGCCGCUUCCGCAGCCCCGGAGAAGCCCGCGGCCGCCGCCAAGAAGGCGAAGAAGCCCAUGAAAGCGGCCGCAGCGCAGAAGAAGAAGCCCGCUGGGCCGUCUGUGUCUGAGCUGAUCGUGCAAGCCGUGUCCUCCUCCAAGGAGCGCAGCGGCGUGUCCCUGGCCGCGCUCAAGAAGGCGCUGGCGGCCGGCGGCUACGAUGUGGGGAAGAACAACAGCCGCAUCAAGUUGGGGCUCAAGACCCUGGUCACCAAGGGCACCCUGGUGCAGACCAAGGGCACCGGCGCCUCGGGCUCCUUCAAGCUCAACAAGAAGGCGGAGGCCAAGUCCGCCGCCAGCGGGAAGGUGUCGGCGAAGGCCAAGGCCUCGGGCGCGUCCAAGAAGCCCAGGAAGACUGCGGGCGCCGUGGCCAAGAAGGCGGCUGUCAAGACCCCGAAGAAGCCCGCCGUCGCCAAGAAGCCUUCCAAGAGCCCCAAGAAGCCCAAGGUGGUGAAGGCCAAGAAGGUGGCCAAGAGCCCCGCCAAGGCGAAGGCGGUGAAGCCCAAGGCUGCCAAGGUGACCAAGCCGAAGGCUGCGGCGAAGCCCAAGAAAGCGGCGCCUAAGAAAAAGUGAACUGACCGGUUGGAGGCAUCUUCAGAAACCCAACGGCUCUUUUCAGAGCCACCUACAAACCUCAAAGGGCUUGGCGCGCUCAUGGCUGUCCCCUCC